CUCUAGACUCACUCUCCAGAGGCACACGGUUAGCUUAGCGCUUGGCACAGUGCAGCUGUCUACAGCCUGGGUCAUGUCAAAGGCCUACCAGUUCCUUUCCUCAUGGAGCCUCAACAAGUUCCUACUCAUCACACAAGGAGACCUGAAAGUGCUGAGAGAGUCAGUAGACAUGAUGGUGCAGCAGACUAAGUCCCUGAUAAUGAAUGCAGACAAUGAUCAUCAUUCCACUCUUCAUAACCAGAGUCAACUUCUGCUGAGGCAGCAGAUCGGAGUGCUUGACAAGGCUGUGUGUGAGCUGCAGACCUUCUCUUCUCUAGUGCUGAAGAGCUUUUCCAAUGACUGCAAGAGGAUGUCUGGGGAGAUCUUUGAACAGACCAUGCCUUCUGCUGCACACUGGAGACCUCACCACAGGACAGGUUUUCCCAGCAGCCCCAGUGAGUAUGCAGCUCUGGCAGCUCAGACUGUAAUUGGUCAGGUUUUAGAGGGUGUGGCACCAUUAUCUGAUGAAGCCCGUGCCCAAGCACUGAGUAUAACAAUGACAGCGUUCAUGGAGGCAUGGAUGGAACACAUUCUGAAACAGAAGAUCAAGUUCAGUGUGCAGGGAGCUCUCCAGCUGAAGCAGGACUUUGAUUCUAUCAAAGAGUUGAUCCAGUCAGACAGAUACGGUCUACCAGCUGAACUCCACCAGAGACUGCUCAGCCUCAGGGUUUUUCAGCAGGUGGACUCAGCAGUAGUAUGUUUACUCCAGCAGACACAAGCCAAACCAUACCUGCAGUCCAGAACCUGGGAGCCUUUCACACGCUGCUGUCCAUCUCAUAGCAGCAGAAACAGCAUUGAUGCAGCAGUGGGCAGCAGUAUCACCAACCUGAGGAGUAUGGACGGUGAAGACAUGACUCAGUCUGAUCUCUCAGUCAUGACCCCUGACCUUUCUCCAGUGGAUCCAUCCACACCCGGAGAGCCUUACCUUGCUCCAAGUCUAGCUCUGGGUGCUGCUCAGCAGGAAUGGUUGGACCUGAGGAUCCACAACAGCACUCGACGCUGGCGGCUGCCGGGACUACACUGUCUCUCCAAUGCUGAACCCUGAACCCACACACACUGCAAAGAUC